UCUUGAGAACGGUUGCGUUGGCUACUGCUUCGCGGAUUCGGAGUAUCCAAGCUCCUCACUUCUAUGCUCACGAAUAUGUGAACAGAAGGUGGAAGACCUCCCCAUUUUGGCACGCUAUUGAAGCUCGUCUUGGUUGAAUUUUCCAUCUGCGGCCUCAAUGAUGCUCUUGGCCUCGACUUCCCCCGCAUAUAUAAGGCAGUCCGCCACGAACUAGAUGCAUUACAACUGCCUCACUCCUUACAUCCUUUCUCUCAGUUUCCUUAGCGCGCUAGACGCCUUUUCUCUCUCUCUAAUCUGCAGGACAGAAUGCCGAAGCUCACUCGACAGAAGUCAGUUGACCGUUCUACGGCGAACCCACACGUAGGCCGUCGGGUCCCCGUGCGUCGUUGUUCAAUCUACCAGCGAGUCCCGCUCUCGCAAGCCUUGGCGCAGGACGCCGAGCCAGUGUCGGCGCGUGUCUCGCCCGUGCAAAGAGCCCGGGCAGAAUUGAAAGACUACGAACACACGCCGUCGACAUGCCACAUUGCACAACUACCUCCCGAGCUACUAUCCGCCAUCUUCAUGAUGUGCGGCGAUCCGAAUAUUUUGAUGGGAUUCCCUCGGGAAGACGUCGCCGGAUACGCCUUUACCCACGAGAAAGGUCUGUCCUACGCCAGGUCAGCUAUCAUUCUCGGGCACGUUUGCCAGAGAUGGUACGCCAUCACCCGAGGAGACCCUCGUCUUUGGACGCUCGUCGACAUCGCCGCACCCAAGAGGAGCGACCUAUUCGUGCUCGACUUUUGCCUGCAACACUCCGGCUCGCUUCCGCUCUCCCUUGAGCUUGACUUGCUCGACCGUCCAAACGGUCUCCUUCGCAAGAAACUGGACACUGAAGGCGUCCUCGUGCCCUUGAUGCGCAUCGUGGCGAUGAACGCGCGUCGCUGGGAGAGCAUCUCGAUGAUCAUAGCGACUGAGCAUGGACUGAUUGCUCCCUUGCUCAGCGUUUUCCCCGGAGGGUUCUCCUCGCUUCGGCGCGCGUCCGUCGAGGCGUACCCUGUCGGCUCAUUUCUGGGUGAUCCCAUCGUGAUGCUGCACGAAUUGUUCUACACGUCGCCUCACUUACAGGCGAUCAAUUGGUGGACGAAUCCUUCCGUGCUGGCCGCUAGCCAGUGCCGCAUGGAGAACCUGUCGCAGAUUGGCGUCCAUCUGGAACACAACGCAACGGAGGUUCUCACAGUCCUCGAGCGCUGCACGCGGCUGCAGGUCUUGAGCGCCCGGUUUGACGAUGUCAGCGGCUCAACCCCUCGCCUCCGUACGCGCAAAGUCGUGCACGCUCCUCAUCUGCACACCCUGAUGUUAGGAUCUGAGAAAUAUGACUUUGGCUGGAUGUACGACCACCUCGAGCUUCCUGGACUGAGGCGGCUCGAUGUCACGCCUCUAACCUUCCAUGGGAAGGACAUCGAGCGCAUGCUGACGCGGUCCGGCGCCCAGCUGCAGAUGCUCAACUGGGUGCAUCCGAAGAUCGGGCAUCUGGAGGACACCAUUGGGCUACUUCACAGUCCGCCGUUGAACUCGCUGCGGGUUUUCCGAUACCUGGCAAAUCGGAACCGCAGGGAUGAGGAGGCGUUUGCGGCGGUAGCGCAGGUCGUUCCACCGCAUGUACGAGUAUAUACAGAGUGCUGUUACGAGGCAGAGGCUGCCUUUAGACAGCUACAUAUCAGGAAAUUCACGUCGCUCGGACCAUUCGACGGCACAUGCAAGCUGGCGCUACCUUCCCUUUCUUCUGUCGGUCCGCAGGACUCGAUUCGCUUCCGCCCAUCCUUCGAGGCGCCCACAUUCCGUGAGAUUGCGGCCACCCGGUACAGGUCAACGCAGCUUUUCUCGCCGGCAGCGAAUGCCCAGAAUACGACACCCUCCUCUCCGGUUGGCCAGGCGUCAAGGAUUCAAACUCGCACUACGCCGAUCGAUGUCCGGCGACGAGGCAUAUUCGGGCGAAUCUUCAGCAGCAUCCCCUUACGCCGCAAUCUCACGCGUUCCCAUCCCACUCACGACACCACGAAUGCUCCUGCGAAUAACGACCCUACGCUUGAUGAAAUAAGACAGCCUCCCAACGUCGUUCUCGACCAGAUUCUGCAUGCGAUCGAGCAACAGACACGUGUGCAGGAUCAAGGACUGAAUCGUCUCACGGAGGCUAUCAUACAGGCCAGCUCAUAUCCCUCUGACGACGACGACGAUCCCAAUUCACCUGCUGCGCCUGGUUCCACCGAGGAGGCUGAUGUCGAUGGACCCAACGACGACGCUCAGUUCAGUGACACCUCUUACGGUCGACCUGCUCCUCCGACUCUCCGUGCGUCGACUCGAGAGCCACCGGCCACAUCUGGUGCGGAACCAUCUAGCACGGCUGGCGCGCCCGGCCGUGCAAGUGCUUCGCAGGCAGGCCCGUCGAAUCACACGGCCCAGUCCAGCCUUAACUCGGGCGGUGGCGGCUCUCACGCGCCGGCCCCCCUUCUUGGCUGCACGGCGCAGAGUUCUGGGGCCCUUGACGAUCCCAGGAGCCCGCAUCUUUCGCGUGGCUACACUGCCGGUGGUAACGUGAAUCCUCGUCUUGAGAGCAAACGUCGCAAGCGUCGGACCUUCAUCGGGUACUCCGCUUCCUUGCCUAAAGACGGCGCAUUCCAUGGCAACAGGCUCAGCGUCUACGUCGGGACGAAGGAUGAGUUGCGUAAGCUCUUUCGUGACGAAGAUAUACGGCCUUUCUGGGACGGCCUCGGCCUGCUACUCCCAUUCUGCGAGGGUUACGCGCAUGAAUUAACUCAGCUUCACAUAUAUAUUUUUCAGCCAUGCUUGAACGAGGACCUCACAUACAAGCAAGAUAUGCUGGUACCCGUCCUGGAUGCUUUGCGCCCCCGACUCCCCAACUUCCUCUCUGUGACCAUAUCCUUUUCGUGCGGGGAUCAGGUAUCGCAGGAUCUCGGGUCUCUCACGCAGACUAUUCGCGCGGCGUUCUUCGCCCUGCGUCACCUUCGCUUGGAGGGCUUCGCUAAACUGCCGCGGCUGUUUCUCUUCCCGGUCGAGGACCUCCGGGUUCUAGAGAUUCUAAGUCAGACAGCGGUGGCAGAAGUGGACAUGAUUCAACUCAUGGUAUGGUGCAAGCAAUUGGACUUCUUCCAAGUGCACAGCUUCGGCAACCCUGCCUCCGAGCGCACGUACUUUGCUCCAGAUCCCAAUCCGAGUGUUGCUUAUCCGCAUGUCAUGCACUUCGUACACGAUCAUCUCAGUGAUCUGUUCAUCCAAAAUAUUCCUAACGACCGUAUCGUCCACCUCACGGUCACAGACACGGCCGAGUACAGGCAGAAGGAGCUUUUAUUUGGCGGCAAUACGUUCUGGUCGUUGAAAUGUGAUGACUCGAACUGA